AUGUUUCUCUCGGAUGUCGGGUGUGAGGUUCUGGCGUCUAUGCUCACUGCCGUCAUUGGCUGGUUGUCGGAAUCUAGGAUCAUGUUAUUCAGCCUGAAGAAAGCGGUGCUCGCCAGCUCGUGGGCCGCGUUCCUGGUCGCAGGCAAAGCCCACGGCCACCUGGGGAGCAAGCCCAACUUCAUCUUCAUCAUCACCGACGAUCAGGACUUGCAUCUAAACUCGCUAAACUAUCAACCAGCCGUGCAGCGCCACUUUGCCCAGCAAGGAACAUUCUUCAGCAAACACUAUUGCACCAUCGCGAUAUGCUGCCCUUCGCGGGUCUCACUUCUGACAGGACGCGCUGCACACAACACCAACGUUACGGACGUUAGUGCCCCGUAUGGCGGCUAUACCAAGUUCAUUUCCGAAGGCUGGAACGAGAAAUACCUGCCCGUGUGGCUUCAAGACGAAGGUUAUAAUACAUACUACACAGGCAAACUGAUGAACGGGCACUCGACGACCACCUAUAACGACCCCUUUGCCAAAGGCUGGACGGCAAAUGACUUCUUCCUUGACCCAAACACAUACAUCUACUACAAUGUGACAAUGCAGAAGGAUCAAGAUGUACCGGUGACCUACCCUGGAGAGUACUCGACAGACCUGGCUGCGGAGCGGUCUCUCGGUUUCCUCGACGAUGCCAUCUCCAAGGACGCGCCCUUCUUCAUUGGUGUUGCUCCCAUCGGACCCCACGCGGAGACGAUAAGCGGUAGCUUUAAUCCACCCGUGCCAGCGAAGCGCCACAAGGAUCUCUUUCCAGGCCUCAAGGUUCCCAGGACCGAAAACUUCAAUCCGGACGUCAGCAGCGGUGCCAGCUGGAUCAGUCAGCUCGCGCAGCAGAACCAGACCGUCGUAGACUAUAACGACGAGUUCUACCGCGCUCGCAUCCAGUCGCUGCAGGCGGUUGAUGACUUGAUCGAGUCCAUCAUCAGCCGCCUCGAGAAAGACCCUCUCGUCUACGAGAACACAUAUCUGAUCUACACCACGGAUAACGGGUACCACAUCGGGCAGCACCGGCUCGCGCCCGGCAAGACGUGUCCGAUCGAAGAGGAUUACAACGUCCCCUUCUUCAUCCGAGGCCCAGGGAUCGGAAAGGGCAAAGUCGUGUCUCUGCCCACCUCGCACACAGAUAUUGUGCCCACGCUAUUCACGCUCGCCGGCAUUCCGCUGCAGGCUGAAUUCGAUGGCGAGCCCAUGCCUGUGACGGCAGAGCAACUGCAAGACACGGGGCACAGGAGCGAGCACGUCAACCUUGAGUUCUGGGGUGACUCCAUUCCGGAAGGAGGUUACGGCGGUAGUUCCUCCAAGAACAAUACCUACAAGUCGGUGCGGGUCAUUGCCCAGAGCUAUGACCUUGCCUAUACAGUGUGGUGCAAUAAUGACCACGAGAUCUACGAUAUGAAGUCCGACCCAGGACAGAUGAAUAAUCUACAUGGAUCGGCUGGUGAAGUCUACGGAUGGGAUAUUGAGAAGCUCACGGCACGUAUUGACGGCCUUUUGUUGACGCUGAAAGCCUGCAAAGGAGCUGUGUGUACCAGGCCCUGGGCAAAGCUCCAUCCUCGGGGCGACGUUCUGAGUCUCAGUGAUGCCAUGAAGCCAGCCUUUGACGACUUCUACGUCGAGCAGCAGCUCAAGGUCACAUUUACAGCCUGCAAGGAGGGAUAUCUCGCCGAGUUUGAGGGAGCUCUGGAACCCGUGGCGUAUGAUUGA